AUGGCUCCGCGCGGGAAAGGGCAGACGCUGAAUGUGUUCGAGAAUACGGCGGACAUCACUGACUUGAGUGUCGAGCACUCCCGCGACGCGCGCGGCGUGCCCGGGCGGCGCGAAGGCGGCGAGGGCCGGCGCCGCGAAGCCGAGCCGGAAUUGGGUGACUGGGGUCGUGCACCGAGGGCGAACUUCGCCCAGCGCAGCGGCGGCUACGGCGGCAGCGCCUCGAGUCGUUUCGGCGGCGACCGCACCGGCGGGAGCAGCUUCGGCGGCGACCGUGCCGGUGGGAGUAGUUUCUACGGCAGUCGAGAGGGUGGCGCCUUCAGCCGCGAAGGCGGACGCGAGGGAGGCUUCGCCCGCAACAACACAUUUGGCCGCGAACCUGAGCGGAACGUGUUCGGCACCCGCGAGGGCCUCGGUCGCUCGGCCACCGCCGGCGGCGAAGGCGACGAGCUUCCCGCGCGUUGGCGCCGCGGUGCAAGCACGACCACGGCCGCGACAAGUUCCGGCGGCGUCGGCCUCCGCGCGAAGUUGGCUAACGUUCUCGCGAACGUGGACGACGAUAAGGCCCGCGCACCCGCAGCACCCGUAGCACCGAGCGAGGCCGCGAAACCCGCGGCCGCGCCCACGGCUGCGCCUUGGCGAAAGCCCGACUCGAGACGAGGCUCGGCCGAGAAGCUGGCUGAGAAGUCGGCCGAGAAGCCGACUGAGAAGUUGGCCGAGAAGCCAGCGGAGAAGCUGGCGGAGAAGCCCGCGGUCCCUGCCGCGACUCCGGCAGACAAGCCAAGGCGGCGCGACCUGACUGCGUUGAUGGAGGCGAAGCCGCGCGAGGAGAAGCGCACGUUGGGGGCGCGCAUGGAGCGGGCGGCGCCUGCGACCAAGACGUCGGAGGACUACUGGGAGGCGCACCGGCAGGAGGAGCGACGCGAGC